AUGGUCAACUUCGCAGUUCUCCCUCUCGCAGCCAUCACUGCCCUGGCCUCCCUGGCCGCCGCAAACAACUGCAAGACAGGCCUCAAUUACUGUGGCUACAAUCUCCUUGGAAUCGGAAACUAUGGUGCCCAGGUAAACGGAGCUUUGCGGGCUGCCAACCAGCCGACCGACGACGCCCACAUUCGCGAAUCUCUGUUCCAUUGCAAUGGCGGUAAUAAUGGUGACAUUUCGUUCAUCCAGUACUGCGGUGGCGGUUGCCGCGACGGCGGCUCUGGCAAGAGUGAUUAUUGUUAA